AUGCCUGACUCCGCUCAGGGUGAGCGAGUCGAUAGAAGUAGCCGUUUAACCGCUCUCUUCAAACGAAAGACUAAGAGGCAUGAUAGGCAGGACCCCUCCCGCCCGUCGUCCAAGGCAGAGGCAUCGCCAGCGAGAAUUACAACCUCAUCAAACCCACCUGCUACAGUUCAGGAAACAUAUGCUGCUAUAAAGGCCGGCGCUACUUCUACUACUGCCACUGGAGCAUUUUUUGCUACUGCUACUGGUGCUGUUUUUGCUACUGCUAGUUUUACUACUGAGACGCCCGCCGAAUCUCGCACUGAAAUAAUUGACGAGAGUGUCGGAUCUGAUUUAUGGUCUCGAGCUUAUCAGAAACUAGAUCGAAAGACCAAGAAUUGGAUCGCAGAUGCCUCCAAAAAAGACAGCGGCGAAGAGAAGGCCCAAGAUCUCAUCAAAAUCAUUCGAGAAAGGGAAGAAGUGUACAAAGAUGCAACCCCGAAGCUCAAAAUCGGUGAUCAGGAGAUCCUAUGGAGAGAUUACGCCAGCAGGGUGGUGGCGUGGGUGACGACAAUUGGGGAUAUCUCCAUCAACUUUGCUCCAGCACCGUCCCCGGUUGUCUGGUCAGCUGUUAAAGUACUCUUGAAGGCCAACGUUUCCCAAUGUGAGGACCUUGCGGCCAUCUUUGGAUGUGCCGAAAAAGUCCUGCGACUUAUUAGACAUGGCAAGGUAUACGAGCAAGUAUACCUCAGUGGCGGCACUUAUAAUACCGCGGCACAGAAUCUACAGGAUGCACUUGUGGACCUAUACAAAGCAUUGAUGGAGCUCCUAGCCCACGCCUCUACGCGUUUAAAUGAAGGACAAGGGAAGCAGUUUCUGCGUGCCCUUAUAUCUGGUGGAGAAGGCGCAAAGUUAGUAUCGGCGCUGGCAGAUCAAGAAGGCAAAGUGUCGAUGGCAGCUCAAGGUUGUGGUGCAGUUGCGUCACAAGAGCAUCAAAAGCUUCUACAGGCUCUUGACGAACCGCUAAGGAACGUUGAAGACACCGUAAAGAAGCUGCUUGAGAAGAUUGAGGAUGGAACAUUGCAACAAGCGCUAGACUAUAUUAGCACCAUACCAAUCGGCGAGCAUCAGCUGGAAAAGCAGGAAGCGAGAACCCCUGAGACAUGCGAAUGGCUAUUGAGUCAUUCUAUAUUUCUCGAAUGGAAAGAUUCAAGGUCCUCAAUACUAUGGCUUCAAGGCAACGUUGGCGCAGGGAAGUCUUUUCUAACCUCCAAAGUCAUUGAAUAUAUUCUUGCCACUCGUAAGCGGAACGCUGAGCAUGAUGAAGGCUUUGCGUACUUCUACUGCAGCCGUUCAGAUCCAGUGCGCCGAGAGACGAAGCAUAUCCUUAGGAGCUAUAUAUCUCAGCUUGCUAGGGUGCCGAACCAUCCAACCAUGAUGGAGAAAAACGUCUAUGCCUUGUACCUCAAGGCGAAGAACGAGAAAAGAGGCUUUAGCACAGACGAAUGUGAGAUGGCCUUGAUGGAGCUCAUGAACUUCUAUCCUCGGACUACUUUGAUCUUGGACGCUCUAGAUGAAUGCGAGAUGGACACUAGAGAGGCCCUUGCUCGCAUUUUGCACAAACUUGUCGACAAGGGUGAAGGUACUGUCAAAGUUUUCAUUGCAAGUCGCAAAGAGGCGGAUAUUGAAGAAUACCUUGGUUCACAGAGGCUGGUUCAGAUUAGUACCGCCGAUAACAAGGAUGAUAUCGAGAAAUAUAUCGACAUGGAGAUAGCAAAGAUUGGUGGCGCAUGGCGUGCAGUUUCUGCGGAAGUCAAGGAGCAGGUCAAGAAAACGAUUGGAGAGAAAAGCGACGGAAUGUUUCGAUGGGCAUACUUGCAAUGGGCGCAGCUCAAAAAGCUGAGAACCAACGAACACAUCAUUGAGCGGCUUGGGAAGCUUCCCGAAAGCCUUACAGAAGCGUAUGAUGAGAUCUAUUCAAAAAAUGAAGAAAAGGCCGUCUUAAAACGGGCAGUCAAAUGGGUUUUAUGCGCUAGAGAGCCAUUGACGAGCGAAGUGCUGCUAAUGGCCGUUCGUUUGGAGAGCAACCUUCUGUCCCUUACCUUGUCAGAUCCCAUCGACGAGUCGAUUUUGGAGGAUAUCUGCUCACACUUGGUUGUUUUAGAUUCUCAACUGAGGGUGUGGAAAUUUCCGCAUGCAUCAGUUGCAGAGUAUUUCGAGGAUCGGCAUAAGAGCUGGGUAAGCAAGGGUCCCGAAGAUGUGGCAAUUCUGCUGGUUUCCUGUUUGAUAGAUUGCUAUUCGACAUGGACACUACCUGACUCGGACGACGAGGUUGAAAAGUAUCUCAAGAUGGCACCGGACCUUGACAACCAUUUAGAUGCGCGACAUCCUCUUCAAAAAUAUACGAGAAAAUAUUGGUUGCAACAUGUGCAAAACGCUCCAAACGAGUGCCAGGAGGCGACGCGGCUACCAGAGAUUCUUAAACGCUUUUUGGGACCACAAGGUCCUCAACAGCCCUCAAGUCGACAGUAUCAAGCUUGGUGCAGGCACAUGUGGAUCAACCGAGACCUUGCUUACGUCUACGGUUACCGAUGGGAUUUCCUGCCACCAGAAAAGUCCAUUUUUGUUAUUUGCGUUUUUGGUCUUGACAAGUUGCUCAAGGGCUGGUGGGAUAAAGACAUUGAUGUCUCACAAGUUAAUAAAGAGGGACUGGAUCUGCUCGCAAUCGCUGCAAAGUGGGGCCAUGAUGGCCUUUGUUCUGAGCUCAUUGACCGGGGAAGCGACAUACACAGAGGGCUGGAUAGUGACUAUGGAAGCGCGUUCAUGGAAGCUAUCGGAAGGGGACGAAUCAAAACGGCAAGGCUGCUCCUAGACAAGGGCGUCGACCCAAAUGCGAUGAGGAACGGCAAAAGCCCGCUCUGUCAGGCUGUUCACAGCAAUGCAGAAGAUUUGGUUGAACCUCUUCUUGAGGCAGGAGCGGAUCCCAACAUCACGUGUUCAGCCUGCUCCUAUGGUUGCGCCUUGGAAGCAGCUGCCUAUUGGGAUAGAAUAAACUCAGCAGAGGUCUUGGUAAAAUAUGGGGCGGAUGUGAAUUUGGCGACUGAAGGAAACAACUACGGCAGCCCUCUAGGAACAGCCGCAUACCAAGGUUCGCUGGGGUGUGCCAAGCUUUUCGUGGAGAAUGGAGCCGACGUGAAUGCGCAUCUCAGCGGAGAUUAUGGCAGCGCUUUGGCUGCUGCGAUAUUUGGGGAAGACGAUAAGAUGGUCAAAUACUUGAUUGAGGAGGCAGGAGCAGACCCAGCCGUCUUAUCCUCAAGUCCGCCACGUUCGCCUAAUAUUGACAGCUAUUCACCCUUUGACAGGCACGAGAUAGCAAGAUAUCUCAUAGAUCUGGGUCAUGUGCAAGAGAGCGUGCUGCUUGCUAUUGGAUUCCCCCGAGAAGAUCUCCCGAGAAUGGAGCGCACCGGAGAUAUUUAGAUGUAUACGAUAUGUAGAAUAUGCUGCAUCGGCUAUUGUCAUCGCACUGGCUAUUAUCUCCCAGCUCUGGCAGUUGGUCUCUCAAGUAGGCAGUUAUGACUGUGUCUACGCCUUUAUGAGCAAGAUAUUCCUUAGGAAUAGCUAUUUAUGUCUGCUCUGCCUGUAUUUUCAUCGUCGUCUACCGGCUAACUACAGGUAAAAG